AUGGCCGGCGCGACCUCCGCUCGUCCCCGCGCUCACUUCUCCCGCAGAGGACCGUCAGACGGAGGUGCCUUCACACACGUGAGGACUAGACCAUAUCAGACAAAAUGGUGAAGAUUGGAAUCAACGGAUUCGGACGUAUCGGCCGUCUCGUGACUCGUGCCGCCGCCUCAGGAGGCAAGGUCGAGGUGGUGGCCAUCAACGACCCCUUCAUCGAUCUGGACUACAUGGUCUACAUGUUCAAGUACGACUCCACCCACGGCGUGUGGAAGCACGGAGAGGUUAAGGCCGAGGGCGGAAAGCUGGUCAUCGGCAGCAUGCACAUCAUGGUCUUCCACGAGAGGGACCCCGCCAACAUCAAGUGGAGCGAUGCUGGCGUCGACUACGUCGUGGAGUCCACCGGUGUGUUCACCACCAUCGAGAAAGCCUCUGCUCACCUGAAGGGCGGAGCUAAGAGGGUGGUGAUCUCUGCUCCCAGCGCCGACGCUCCCAUGUUCGUCAUGGGCGUCAACCACGAGAAAUACGACAACUCCAUGAAGGUCGUCAGCAACGCUUCCUGCACGACCAACUGCCUGGCUCCCCUCGCCAAGGUCAUCAACGAUAACUUUGGCAUCGUUGAGGGUCUCAUGAGCACAGUCCACGCCAUCACCGCCACACAGAAGACCGUUGAUGGUCCCUCUGGUAAGCUGUGGAGGGACGGACGUGGUGCCUCCCAGAACAUCAUCCCCGCCUCCACCGGCGCUGCCAAGGCCGUGGGCAAGGUCGUCCCCGAGCUGAACGGCAAACUGACCGGCAUGGCUUUCCGGGUCCCCACCCCCAACGUCUCUGUCGUCGAUCUGACUGUCCGUCUGGAGAAACCCGCCAAAUACGACGACAUCAAGAAGGUUGUCAAGGCCGCUGCUGAGGGACCCAUGAAGGGAAUUCUGGGAUACACAGAGGACCAGGUUGUGUCCACAGACUUCAACAGCGACCCUCACUCCUCCAUCUUUGAUGCCGGCGCCGGCAUCGCUCUCAACGACAACUUUGUCAAGCUGGUUUCAUGGUACGACAACGAGUUCGGCUACAGCAACCGUGUGUGCGACCUGGUCCAGCACAUGUUCACCAAGGAGUGAAGUCCUGCGAUGACUCAUCGUUCCUUCCCAUGAUUCCCUCUUCCUUCACCUGUAAUCGGAUGCUGUGCCAUCCAUCCCGGGAGCAAACUCUUCUACGACAAACGUCUAGCUGAUAAUAAUCAGGAGAAUAAUGAUUUAAAAAAAAAACCUUUUUAUAUGAUCAAGUCACCUCUGUUCUGUCCAGCAGCAGUCCAGCGCCGUUUGCCAACAUGAUUUCC